UGUCAUGUACCAACAUUGUGAUGGGUGCACACAUAGCCAUAAAAGUGCAGACCCCGACACACGGAAGCCCCGACGAGAGAACCGAGGAAAGUUGUCCGGGGCGCACAACUUAUCCAUAUCCCACGAAGAGAUGAGAUCCCACCGGAGAGACGUGCCUGAACUGCACGGUUUAUUUUGUUGAUUAAGAAAAGUUUCAUGAAGAUAUACAAUGUUUAUAAAUGGGAGUUUUCUGAACAGCUCUGCACUGGACCCUAGCGAGCAAGCAUUUCACCGGCCUCCCUGGGUCACUACUACUCUCGGGUGUUUCCUCAUAUUCACUAUAGUGGUGGAUAUUUUAGGAAACCUGCUGGUGAUUUUCUCAGUCUACAGAAACAAGAAACUAAGGAACGCAGGUAACAUCUUUGUGGUGAGUUUGGCAGUGGCGGACCUGGUGGUGGCCAUCUACCCGUAUCCAAUGGUCCUGACUUCCAUAUUUAACCAGGGCUGGAACCUGGGGUAUAUGCACUGCCAAAUUAGCGGCUUCCUGAUGGGCGUCAGUGUAAUCGGCUCCAUUUUCAACAUCACCGGCAUCGCAAUUAAUCGGUACUGCUAUAUAUGCCACAGCCUGAAGUAUGACAAGCUCUACAGUGACAAAAACUCAGUCUGCUACGUACUGUUAAUCUGGGCUUUGACGGUGCUCGCAAUCGUGCCCAACUUGUUCGUGGGCUCCUUGCAGUAUGACCCGCGGGUUUAUUCCUGUACGUUUGAGCAGUCGGCGAGCUCGGCGUACACGAUCGCCGUUGUCUUCUUCCAUUUCAUCCUUCCUAUCAUGAUCGUCACCUACUGUUACCUACGAAUUUGGGUUCUUGUCAUACAGGUGCGUCGACGAGUCAAGCCUGACAAUCGUCCCAAGCUCACGCCUCACGACAUACGAAACUUCGUCACAAUGUUUGUUGUUUUUGUGCUUUUUGCCGUGUGCUGGGCACCAUUAAACUUCAUCGGGCUGGCGGUAGCGAUUUCUCCAGAGCGUGUGGUUCCUUUAAUACCUGAAUGGCUCUUUGUGGCAAGUUAUUUCAUGGCAUACUUUAACAGUUGCCUCAAUGCAAUCGUCUAUGGAGUGUUGAACCAGAACUUUCGUCGCGAAUAUAAGCGCAUCGUGGUGUCGGUAUGUACUGCGAGGAUCUUCUUUGGGGAAAGUUCAAAUGAAGCGCAAGAAAGACUCAAGAGCAAACCCUCGCCACUCAUGACCAACAACAAUCAGGUCAAGGUGGACUCUGUGUGAACAGCGUGAGUGUAUAUGCAUGUAAGGCGAAGAGAACACAACUAAGCAAACUUGAUUUAGUAAAAAAAAACUAAUAACCAAAAAUGUUGUCAGGAUGCAGCCCUGAAACUGUGAUUUGUUGCCUCAACACAAUUAAAACAAACAGGAAAUUAUUAUCAUUGUCUUUUAUAAAGCACUUUUUUCAUCAUUGGUCAGAAGUA